AUGUCGGGCUCCUCAACUGAGACCGCUCGACCUCCCGACAACCCCGAAUCUACCACCACACCUCCUCCUACUUCGCCCCCGACUCAGCCGUUUGACGCGGCAUAUAAUCACGAACACUUGCCGCCACUGGAAGACUUUGCUGGUGCUCUCCUAGACAGCGACCUUGAGUUGAAUAAUCUUCCGACAGGAACGACAUUCGACCUACCAUCGUUGCGUUCCUUGCGCAAGAUCGGUAAUGAUCAGUUUUUGUUGGAUCGCCGCCGUGAGGCCAUUGAAAAGGGUGCUGCAGCACUGAAUAAGCCGUUUUUGCGAAAUGCAGAGAUCGCACCACGAAGGCUGGCAGAGAAAACCUUCUCAGUGGUGUUCAAACUCCUGGACACUUUGUUGGGGAAUUUCGAGACGGUUAAUCAGUCCGAAGGGGCAGGAACAGCCUGUCGAGUUAAUUUCAAUCAGUACUGGGUUCUCACUCAAGCCCUGAACAGACUUUCGGGUGAAGCCGAGUCCUCUUUCUGGGUGGCUGGCGAAAAGGUUCCUCAACCGCCAACUUGGGGUACUGGAUGGAAUAUUCGAAAGGACUGGUUUUCGCAGAAUGAUCAUGAAAUCCUGGCGAUUUGUUAUCGAGUGGAGGUCGAACACUUUUUAACUCAACUAGAUAAAUACCACGACUAUGUCAAUGGUACACCGCAAGCGCCUGAUGCUGCUUCACGAGAGGCAUUAGAUCAGGUACUGAAGGACAUGAGCUCCUCGAAUAACACCAAGUCUUAUCGCGCACCAAGCGUCGCCUCCAGCCGAGCACCAACUCACGACUCUUCUUUCCAGUCAAGUCGCUACCCACUCUUCAAUGACACUAGCAUCCAGUUUAAUGCUGGGGGAGUUCCGCCAGCAUUUUCGCAGCCGGACAACCGACCAGGCUUGAUGCGGGAGCUGUUUGAGCCAGUGCUGCCCAAGCGCGAGUCUGUCCCGCCAUCGGGAUUUGGACAGGAUCGCUUCGGCGGUGAAGCAGAACGUCUACGUCAGAUGAGAUUUGGAUCUGCCAUGCCCCGAGAUGUCCCUGCUCACCUUGGUUUCGGGUAUCCGGCCACAAACGACCAAGCGCCACCUAUACGUAACCCACCUAAUGGCGAUCCGGGAGGUGACGACGACCCAGAUGAUGAUCCAGCUCGUGGACCGCCGGGCCGUUUGCCGAACCUUCCUCGGGGUAACCCAGCUAGCGGAGGCCGUAUCCCAGCAGCCAAUGAGGCCGUCCAGUCGGAUGGAAAGGCUGUAAAUCCUAAGGAAGAUCAUUUUGACCUGAAAUUGAAGCAGGAAAACGUACCUGCUUGGGAUGGAGAUGUUGAUACAAUCUCACGAUGGAUGCUCAAGGUAAACAACCUUGCGCGCCGUGCCGAGAGUGUGCAUCGGCAGCUCGGUACGAUUGUCCCGCAGCGUCUGACCGGCGCCGCGGAGAUCUGGUACUGGUCUUUGCCCGUUAGCUAUCGUUCCACAAUUGAAGCUAACUGGGAUACCUUGCGUGCCGCCUUUCAUGACUAUUUCCUCAAUCGGAAGUGGUUGGAUCGGCAGCGCGGCCGUGCCAUGCGUGCCCGUUAUCGCGAGAGCGGCCACUCGAAGGAGACGCCGAGCGAAUAUUACAUUCGCAAGACGGAGCUCAUCAACCAGGUGUAUACCUUAGACCCGUCAGGCAUCAUCCUAGAGGUAAUGGAUGGCGCACCGUCGACAUGGAACACUGUCUUGAACACACAGCUAUAUUCAGACCUCGUUUCAUUCCAAACGGCCAUUCGCUACCACGAGGACGCGUUAAUGAAGUUGGACAACAACGAGCGAGAAUACGCACGAAGAACGGCACGAACGUGA